GCUGCCAUGCUGUACGACGCGGUGAAGCUUUUCGCCCUGAGCCUCAUCGAAUGGAAUGGCGGGAAAGACGCAGCCUUUCCAGCGCUGGACUGCAGAGAGGACAAAGUUGCUGACGACAACAACACCGACGAGCUUAUUGCGGUGAUGAAGAAGGUCAAUUUCGAUGGUCUUACGGGAAUGGUGAAACUUGACAGCAAGGGCGUUAGAGCCGACAUUAAGCUCUACGUGAGCGAACUUGGAAUGGAUGGACUAGAGGAGAUUGGAACAUGGUCGCCCUCUGCUGGCCUGAACAUAACCGAAGAUGAAGAUGACGACGACGGCGAGGAGGAAGAAGUGCUACGUGUUCUAUCUGUUCCAGUCAGUCCAUUUAUGAUCGUGAAGGAGGUAGACGGGAAGGCAGUCUACAGUGGCUUCUGCGUCGAUCUGCUUGACAAGUUGUCAGCGGAGCUGGACUUCAAGUACGAGCUCCAUGUUCUGGCGGACGGCGCACGCGGCAUGCCAAACGAUACGGGACACUGGGACGGAAUGAUCGGAGAAGUGAUCGCUGGCAAAGCCGACCUGGCGCUAGCCGAUCUGACCAUCACCGAGAUGCGCGAGCGAGUGAUCGACUUUACUUUGCCCUACAUGACGGCCGGCUUGGUAGCGGUCACCAAGAAAGGACAGCCAAGGAGUCCCGGCGGCAUUUGGUCAUUCUUCCUGCCCCUCACUCGAGAGGUGUGGAUUUACAUUCUUCUGGCUACGGCGUGCACCAUAUUCGUGAUGUACAUCAGCGCGCGCCUCAGUUUCCGCGAGUGGAUGCUGGUAGACGACGGGAAGGGCGGGGAGUGCAUGGAGAACCGCUUCAACCUCUUCAACUGCUUCCUCUUCGUGCUCACUACGCUUCUCCAUCAGAGAGUGAGCCUCGACCCCAGGGCCCCAGCGACUCGCGUGCUGGCUGGCUUCUGGUACUUCUUCACUUUCAUCGUGCUCGCCAUUGUGGUGAGCAACCUGUGCGAGAGCAUUCUGUGGCAGGACAGCGGACCCGACUACGACUCUGUCGACCAGCUUAUGAAGACCCCCGGCUUCACCUACAUCGCCAUACGAGGUGGAAGCACCCGCACUUACCUUGAGGUGAGUUAG